UGUGAAACUGGCCUUUGUUAUAACUGGAUGUUUCUGGCGAUUAUUUUCGUUUUGGAGAACGCUCUCUCAUCAAUGCCAUUGGAAAAUUAAACUUGAAAAUCAUAGGCCGACCCAAUUCAAGUUUGCUCCAACUGAUAUAAGUGUCAUUCACAACGCUCGAGAAUCAACUUGCUUGGUUUGUUGUCGUUUACAUCUAAAAAUCUGUUCCUCGACUGAUUAUUUUAAUUUGUCAGAAUUAGCGAACAUUAAAAAAGAUCACUUGAGCAGCUUCAGCAAACUCUUUCAAGGUCUUUAAGCAGCUACAUAUUUUUGUAAAAGUUUUUAUUUCUUGUUCUUCUUGGCGCAUUGCAAUGCAUUGUAUUGGCCUUUGGCUCAUAUUGUGUCCAUAGCAAUUUAAAUUCUGAGUAAAUAUUGACAAAGGGCGAUUUAUGUUAAGGUUAAAAAUUAUUUAGAGUGGUUAUUCUUUUGGCAUCGUCAGAAGCAGAUCGUUAUUUGGCAAAUAACAUUUUUUAAAAUUGUCGAGACCAUUUUUAUUGUUGUUUCUCUGUAUUUAGCCCUUACGCUAAAAAAAUUGUAAAAAAAAGUUUUACUUUAAAAGCAAAUGUCGCCAAGAGCUUUUGCAUGGGAUUUGGCCAAUAAGUUAAAUAUAACACUGAUAAUAAAAUCCAUACACUUUGCACUAAAACAAUUUGCUCUUGUAAUAAAGAAUAUAUUGUAAAAUUCUGCUAACGGAGAAAUUGUGAAAUCUGCUUUUGUCAUUCAUUCAGAAUUUUCUAGUUUUCUAUCGAAAACUAUGAAAACAUUAUGAACGGCUUGACAUAACAACUACCACGAGUGCGUAUUGUUUGCUGUUUCGCGAGGCGUAUCCAAGCACAUCCAAAUCUAAUUUGAAUUGGAAAUUGGGCUGUCGAUGAGUAAAUAUUCUGAAUUCAGAAUGAAAACACAUCCGAUUAUUUUCCUUUCGUAAUUUAAAGAGGUGUUUAUUCAAAGGUAACGCAACACACGAAGUACAGUAAGUUUUUUAAAUACCGAUGGAAACCGAAAUAUUAAGGUUUUGAAAUUUGUAUUUGGUUCAAAGUACAGAUGGAGUGUUAAAUAUCUGUACAGCGCAUAUGGCUGAAAAAACAUCCAACGAUUCAGAGGACAACAGAAAUACAUUUGAGUCUUUCCAACCGAUCGAGGAAAUUGAUAUUCACGCGCCGAUUGUUGGUUAUGAAGUGGUGGAAGCGAGAAAAAGAUUCACAGUUUAUCAGAUCUUUGUCCAACUUGGAGGCGAGCGAAAUUGGCAUGUUUUCCGAAGAUAUUCCGAUUUUGUCCGUAUGGACGAAGCAUUAAGAAAGUUAUUCACAGAUUUUCACGCUACCCUUCCGCCUAAAAAAUAUUGGGGCGAUAAUUUUGACCCUUCUUUCAUAGAAAUGAGAAAACAAGGUUUGCAAGAGUACAUCGAUAAUGUGUUAAUAAGGCAGGAAGUUAUUACCUCGCAACCGGCGGCGGAGUUCUUCUGCUUCGACGAUCCGCCCGGACCUUAUGACAGUCUUGAGGAGAGCCGAGCAUUCAUUGAAACGUUGGAAGACACAGUAACCGAUAUGAGAACCAGGCAAAGUGAACUACAAUCGGAGAUUAAGCUGGUCAAGUCACAGCUUCGCCAGUCUCAGGCUCAAAAACAAGCCUUGUUGAUAGCUUUGCGCUCCGAACGCGUUUUGAACGGAAAGCCAUCACAUGAUGACGACGAUGCGCAAUUGUUGUCGGAAUAUUCACGGCUGCCGGAGGUGGCACAACUUGACUUUAAACUCUUUUCGAGGAGUAGCUCGAGAGUUAACGGAGAACACUCAAGGCAGCAAACGAAUCGUUUGAGAUCAAGCCGGUUUCCAACUUCAACAGCAGCAAGUCAGUGGGACAUUCGAGUUGAAACCACCGAAGGGUUGGCAAAGCGAACAUCGCCUUUUACGGGCAGGCGAACCCAAUCUACUUCAGAUUUAACACAUUCACAAAAUUACAGAAAGCGAAACGUGUCACAUUUGCCUUCGAAAUCAGGCAGUCGUGGCAAUUUGACUUUGUUAGACAAAUUCAUGACACAAAGCACAGACGCAUUGCAGUUUAUAAGGGACAGUGUUCGACAGAAAUUAGGGCCAACGGAGAACACCGAAUCUACUGCCGCAACUAACAAAUGAACUGAAAGCAAUUUUCAGUUCCAGUUCAUGUUGUGCUGAAAAGCGAAACAUUUGAUGCAGAGAGAGAAUCUUUUUUGAAAUCCUUAUUUAAGAAAUUUAAGGAAAAAGAAUCCAGUACGACUGGCCAAUAAAAUAAUUAUUUCGGAUAUUACUCAAUUUUCAUAGAACACAACAAAGUAUUAACAUGACCGACAGUGAGGAGAAACCGCAGAAGUUAUUUUUAAGAUAUGGAGAUUUCAAUACGUAAUACGGUGUAAAGAGAUCAAUUACAUUAAUUUAAAGAUUAUAAUACUGAAAGUUCUACACGGUUCAGAACGGUUCCUGAAAGUGGCUGCUAUUUGAAGUGUAAAAUUAUAGAUUCUUUUAUGGCCACAGCAUCCACAAAUGCCAAAUAAAAAGAGACUAAUUAUUCUUUAAUGCAAAUAUUCAGCUCAUAAAGAAAUCAGUAGACUAGAAAAAUAAAAUUUGAGAUGUCUA